AUGUCAGAAACAGAGAGAAACGGUUGGCUGCUUGUUAGUGUCUCUCUACCCUCAAGGGAUCAUUACAGACAAGUCCUUUUUAUUUCCAAUUUCUAUCAUACACAAUUAUCCCCCACCCCUAUCAAAACCAAUUAUAACAGCAGCAACAUAUUACUAACACUAAGCUGUGUCCUAAAUGAUAUCAUUAUUUUAACAUUUUCUUUGUCUUCCUUUCUUUCUUUUUUUCUUUCUCUUCUUCUCAAUUCCAUUUCCUAUCUCUCUCUCUCUCUCUCUCUCUCUCUCACACACACACACACACACACGUUCUCCCUUUUCCUGUUCUUACUUCCUUCUUUUUUCCACUUUACUCCACUCCUCUGCCCACGUUUGCUUCCUUUUCUAGUUAUCCUAUUGGUUUCUCCCAAUAACUCUUGCUCACAGUUUUUUCUCUCUCUAUCUCUUUCACCAGCUCUUUCUUUUACUUAUAAGCCUUACUAUCUUUUUUUUCUUCUUCUUCUCCUCCUUCCACUUCUAAUUUGUCAAGCACUCUUUUUUUACUCUUUCUUCUUAUUUUGUACUCAAGCACCUCUCUCUCAUUUCUUACAACUUCUUUCAAGCUUUUUCUCACACCGUUUUUCUUUUUCAUACUUUCUCUCUAUCACUUUCUUUUCUCUACUUUCUAAAAAUCUCACUCUUUCUUUUUUUUUUCCACUCUCUUUUUUGCCACCCUCUUUCUUUUUUUUUUUUUACCUUUGGUCAUUAUUUUUUCUUCUUCCAUUGUACAUAUAUGCAUUUAAGUAA